ACGCCCUGGGCGCCGGCGCGGGCACGCGAAGCGGGACGCGGGGGCGGGCUGACUCCUCUCGCCUCCCGUACCUUCCCGCGGACGCCGAGGCCGGGAGCUCCGGGGACGCGCCGACAACAGCAGCUUCGGGAGCCGGGCGUCCGCCGUCCCGGGAACAAGUGCCUCUGUUUCGAUCCUGGAAAUCUUCAAAUCAGACUUACUUUAAAAUCAUUGAUCAUAUACAGAAGAGAGACCCCAGUUAACAAUAUUCUGGAAGAGAGUGAUGUUGUCCCUAAGCAACCUACAGAAUGUCAUCUCUAACCCAAAAAUACCUUAUGUCGGGACCAUUCCUGAGCAGUUGGAACCUGGAAGCUUAAUUGUCAUACGUGGACAUGUUCCUUGUGAUUCUGACAGAUUCCAGGUGGACUUGCAGGCUGGCAGCAGCCUGAAGCCUCGAGCCGAUGUGAUCUUUCAUUUCAAUCCGCGUUUCAAAAGGACCAACUGUAUCGUUUGCAAUACUCUGAAAAACGAAAAGUGGGGAAAGGAAGAGAUCAUCUAUGACAUGCCUUUCAAAAGAGAAAAAUCAUUCGAAAUUGUGAUUAUGGUGCUGAAAGACAAGUUGCAGGUGGCUGUAAAUGGAAAGCAUACACUGAUCUAUGCCCACAGGAUUAGCCCUGAUAAAAUUGACACGCUGGGUAUUUAUGGCAAAGUGAAUAUCCACUCUGUUGGUUUUACCUUCAGCUCGGAUGUAAGAAGUAGUCAAGCAACUGCAACCGAACUGACAGAGAUAACCAGAGACUAUCCUAGUAAUAGAGGAGACUAUUCAAAAAUCGAACCCAGAACUGUCUACACCAAGAGCAAAGGUUCAACUGCCAAUCACACUUUGACUUGCGCCAAAAUGCUACCUACCAACAGUUUGCCAAAGAGUCUGCCAUUUUCUGCCAGACUGAAUACUUCAAUGGGCCCUGGACGAACUGUUGUCAUUAAAGGAGAAGUGACUCAAAACGCCAAAGGCUUUAAUGUUGAUCUAAUAUCAGGAAAAUCAAAGGAUAUUGCUCUUCACUUGAAUCCACGUCUGAACAGUAAAGCAUUUGUGAGGAAUUCUUUUCUUCAACAGUCCUGGGGAGAAGAAGAGAGAAAUAUUACCUGUUUCCCAUUUAGUCCUGGGAUGUACUUUGAGAUGAUAAUUUAUUGUGAUGCUAGAGAAUUCAAGGUUGCAGUAAAUGGUGUACACAGCCUGGAGUAUAAACACAGAUUUAAAGAUCUUAGCAGUAUUGACACAAUGGAAAUUGAUGGAGAUAUCCACUUAUUGGAAGUAAGGAGCUGGUAGCCCACAUGACUGCCAUAAAAACUGAAAUACAAAAUGGCUUAUGUAACACUGGCUUUGUUAAAAUGGAUCAUUAUAUUGUCUAUAUCUUGUUGAAUUGAGCUUGCCUAGAACAUUAAGUCCUACUGAGUGUGUUCAGUCCUUGCCCUGCAAUAACUUUGUCUAGAAUGAAGAAAUUUGAGGCAACAGCAAUUUACUGCCAUUUUAAUGACUUUACCCACCUGGAUUUUUUUUUUUAACCAGUGCACUGCAUAGUUCUGGCUUAUGGUGGUGCAGGGGGAUUGAAUCUGGGACCUAGGAGCCUCAUGCCUCAGAGUCUGUUUGCAUAACCAUUAUGCUAUCUCCCCUGCCUUCCACCUCUACUAUAUACAAUAGCUACUAAGCAUUGAGCAGUGAUAUUUUGUUUUGUUAGUAUUGUAGCAGGAGCUGGUGAUAUACACAAACACACAUUUAUGCCCCAAACUACGAUGCCGCCUAUUUUGAGCUCAAAAUCUUGUGUUCUGCCAUUGUGCUGUUUUUUACCCCUUAUAAGCAUUGCAUAAACUCAACAGAAACUAUUAAAUCACACUGAUUGAAAGACA